AGUCCAUUGGUGAUACAAGUGGUGAAAAUGGCUGGUCAGCUUUAGGUCUCACAUACAGUGCUGAAUGGCCCCUGCACAUUCUGUUUACUCCAAGUAUAGUAGACAGAUACAAUGCAGUGUUCCAGUUCUUGCUGUCUGUAAAACGUGCCCAGUUGGACCUGCAAAAGUGUUGGGGACUACAGAUGCAGAGAAAGCACCGGGCGACUAAAGAAGCAGACAGCAUUGUUUGGAAUCUGAGGAAUCACAUGAAUUUCCUUAUGGAUAAUUUCCAGUACUAUCUACAGGUGGAUGUUAUUGAGUCGCAGUUCAGCAUUCUCCUGGAUAAGAUCCACAAAACACGAGACUUUGAGGAAAUAAGAUUUGCUCAUGAACAGUUUGUGACAUCACUUCUAGGCCAGAGUUUUCUGUUAAUGAGACCUAUCUACCUUUGUAUGUGUGACAUUCUAGACAUUUGUCAUCAGUUUUGUGGCACAAUCUCAAACUCUGAUGCAGAGAUAUCAGCCACCACUGCUCAGCAGAUAGACAACAUAGCUAAGAUGUUCCAAAAACAGAGCAGUUUACUAUUCAGGAUUCUCUCUAGUGUCCGUAGCCACCAAGCCAGUCCACAUCUCUCACAGCUGUUGCUUAGAAUAGAUUUCAAUAAAUACUUCACCAAUGCUGGAGGGCAGCUUGGCAGUUAUGAAUGUGAAGCAGUACAACCCUCCAUAACUAAAUCUUCUAGUAGACAGAAUUGACCUUCAUGGAGUUUGAUAUAUUUCAUGGAUUUUGGAUAAGAUACAUAGUAUUACCAAUAUGGAUAUUCAUGUAAUUGAGUGCCAAAAUUGAUACAUUUAUCAUGAAAAUGAAUACAUAAAUGCCAGUAUGGAUACAUUUUAUUUCAAAUAAAUAGACAACAUGACAUGCCAACUAUUGAUACAUUACGUUAUAUUGCAAUGUAAUAACGGAUUACAAAUAUGGAUACAGUACAUGAUAUUUAAACAAAGAUGGAUUCACAAAAAUAUCAAAAAUAUGGAAUAUCUGAGGAUAUCUAAAGGACAAAUAUAGAUACAUCAUAUUACAAUAAAAAUAUGAAUAUUGGCCAAAAUUUUUUAUGUGUGGUGUCUUAUACUCUAAGAGCGAGGAGGAAAAUUAUUAAUAAAUGGAGUAUAGUUGAUUUGGCAGCAUUUUCAGUUAGGAGGAAGUCUUUGAUGAAAAUUCUACCUAGGUGAUAGC